UCAGCCCCCUGGGAAAGUACAUAUCUGUGAGGCGCUCCCUGCCCGCCGCUUGCACUCCGCCGGCGCCCCGUCCCGCACGGAUCAGCCCCGCCGCCCGGCAGCUCCGCACCGCUCCGCGCCGCUCCCUCGGGGGCCGCGGCUGGGUCUCGGACUCGGGGCUGUCCCGCAGCUUUUCAAGUUUUGCUUUCGGGUGCAAUUCGCGCGGGGACGCGCCCUAGCCCACCGCCGCCAUGGAUGCCAUCAAGAAGAAGAUGCAGAUGCUGAAGCUGGACAAGGAGAACGCCUUGGACAGAGCCGAGCAAGCCGAAGCGGACAAGAAGGCGGCGGAGGAGAGAAGCAAGCAGCUGGAGGACGAGCUGGUGGCUCUACAAAAGAAGCUGAAGGGCACUGAGGAUGAGCUGGACAAAUACUCCGAGUCUCUUAAAGAUGCACAGGAAAAGUUGGAACUGGCUGACAAAAAGGCCACAGAUGCUGAGAGCGAAGUAGCUUCUCUGAACAGACGCAUCCAGCUGGUUGAGGAAGAGUUGGAUCGGGCUCAGGAGCGCUUGGCUACUGCCCUGCAGAAGCUGGAGGAGGCCGAGAAGGCUGCAGAUGAGAGUGAAAGAGGAAUGAAGGUCAUUGAAAAUAGAGCCCAGAAGGAUGAAGAGAAGAUGGAAAUCCAAGAGAUCCAGCUUAAAGAAGCUAAGCACAUUGCUGAGGAGGCUGACCGCAAGUAUGAAGAGGUGGCUCGUAAGCUUGUGAUCAUUGAGAGUGACCUGGAGCGGGCUGAGGAACGUGCUGAACUAUCAGAAAGCAAAUGUGCUGAGCUUGAAGAGGAGUUGAAAACUGUGACCAACAACCUGAAGUCGCUGGAGGCUCAGGCUGAGAAGUACUCACAGAAGGAAGACAAAUAUGAAGAGGAGAUUAAAGUCCUGACUGACAAACUGAAGGAGGCUGAGACCCGUGCUGAAUUUGCUGAGAGGUCAGUAACCAAGCUGGAGAAGAGCAUUGAUGACCUAGAAGACCAACUCUACCAGCAACUUGAGCAAAACAGUCGCCUAACUAAUGAACUAAAGCUGGCAUUGAAUGAGGAUUAAACUUUAGUGUGACUAUAUUAUUAACUUGUUUAAAAACUGCUUCUUCCAAAUUUCAUUAAGAAUGAAUCAGUAAAUGUAGAAAUAAGCAAGAAACCUAGAAAUUGUUUUUUUUUCAGGCUGUUGAUUCUGUGGUAAAUUAAUGGACGAAGUUCUCAGUUUCUGUUGGAAAAAUAUGAAAAAGCUUCUUCUGGAUGAGGCUUUUCAUAAUUUGUAUGCAUAUCUGCUUUGGAGGAGCAGUAAGCUCUUUGGCUGUGCAAUAGCUCCUUUCCACUUCAGUAAACAGCUACAGCAUUUAGCUAACAGUAUCCAGAAAGUAACAGCCUGCCUUGUAGAGAGACAGUUUACCUGACAUUGUAAUUGGCCCUGAGAUUUUUACUAGAACAUGGAUGAGAGAAAAAUGUUCACAGGGUUCAUAUUGCCAUAUUUCAAAACCUACAUAAAGGAUACUUAUAGCCGUUUUGUUUUCUGGAGACUUUAAUGCAAUAAUUUUGCGUUACUAUGAAUUGGGCUUGUAUUUGACUUUAAAAAAAAAAAAAAAAAAAAAAAAAAAAAAACCACCCUAAGAAUGGGAUCUCCAUCUGAAAAUACCCUGUCAGUUUAAAGGUAUGCUUGCAUUAGUAUGAAGUUACUAUUACUGGAUUCUGGUAGGAUGCAGCUCUAGAACAUUGUGCUCAUUUAUUGUAUCAAAUAAGUGUGUUAAAUGACUGUCCUAUAGAAGUGUGCAUGCAAUAUAAAGCUACUAACUUCAGUUUUAUUUAUUUUCUAGAAGAAAUAAAUUUCUUAAAGGUCACUUCACUGAAGAAGAUAUUAGUUUUAAUUUUUUUAUUCUUUGCAAGUUCUGAAUUACGUGAAACUUGAAGUAUGCAAAGAACUUAAUUAUUUUCUUUAUUACCCUACUUAAAAAAAAAAAAAAAGAACCAUUCACUGUCCCACAUUCCUAUAAGCAAAGAGCUUCCAGAACAUGCAAGAAUUGUGUCUCUGUUGGCAGUGCAUUUUCUUAACAAAUGCAGCUGUAAACAGUUCUAAACUUGCAUUACUUGCCAUUUGUUUUAUUGAUUUGGAAUUCUCUCUAGUUGUGUUGUCUGGGGACAUGGUAUUUAUGAGCAUGCACAUUUCUUAACUUUCUAAACCCUUCAGUAGAAGUGAUGAUUGCAUGCCUUCAUAUUCUGAGAAUCAGUGCCUCCAAAGAACUGCUAUUCAUGUUUUAAUUUUCUAAUUCCACAACAGAGAAAGUGGCGCAUGCCAAAGAAGAAAACCUUAGUAUGCAUCAGAUGCUGGAUCAAACUUUACUGGAGUUAAA